GGGCGCGGGCCGGCGGGCGGCGCGCGCAUGCGCGGGGCGCGGGCCCGGCGGCGGACGGGAAUUAAAAUGGAAGAUGAGGAGGUCGCGGAGAGCUGGGAGGAGGCGGCCGACAGCGGGGAAAUAGACAGACGAUUGGAAAAGAAGCUGAAGAUCACACAGAAGGAAAGCAGCAGGAAGUCCAAAUCGCCUCCCAAAGUGCCGAUCGUGAUCCAGGACGAGAGCCUCCCCGCGGGGCCCCCGCCGCAGAUCCGCAUCCUGAAGCGGCCCAGCAGCAACGGCGUGCUCAGCAGCCCGCACCCCGCCAGCCGCCCCGCCUUCCCCGUCAAGUCGCUGGCCCAGCGCGAGGCCGAGUACGCCGAGGCCAGGAAACGCAUCCUGGGCAGCGCCAGCCCCGAGGAGGAGCAGGACAAGCCCAUCCUGGACAGGCCCAGGAUCUCUCAGCCCGAGGACACCAGGCAGCCCAACAAUGUGAUCCGGCAGCCGCUGGGCCCCGAUGGCUCGCAGGGCUUCAAGCAGCGCAGAUAGAGGCGGAGGCGCCGUUCUGCCGGCACGGACACACGGACCCGGGCCAGGGGACCUCCCGGGGUGAUUUGCACUGUGACCCUUUUGCUCUGCCCACUGUGACCUUCAGCCCCACGCACUGUGACCUCCCCUCUCCACCCACUGUGAGCGGCCAUCCCAGCAGGGCUGUCCCCGCAGCAGGGGACACGAGGGGCCGUGCCGGACUCGGCUGGGCGCAGGGAGCUGUGCGUGUCCCGCCCGGGUCGGAGCGAGCGCCAGCAAUAACUUCUGUUGGACUCAAAACCUGGCUUUUAAGGAAAGAAAAAAAAAAAAAAGAAGAUGGGAAGCCUCCCCAGCCACCACGCAUGUUGUCCUCAUCACUUCCAGAACGAGUUCUGUUUCCAAGGAUUUUAGGUUCUUUUAUUUGGUUUUCUGUUUGUUUUCUGUUUGCUUUCUGUAUCUUGGAUCGGCGGAGUGCAUGGGAAGGAUUUGAGCUGUUUGUUUGAAUCCAGAGAGCUAGCUGAGUGUUCUGAAGGGAAUUCCAAGGGAUUUCCAUGAAUGUGAUGGCUUGAAGAUGACAAGCUCAUGCUUCUCCCUCUCCAUUUCCACUGCCAUGGAAGCGAACUCCUGGAUACCCCCAGAUACCUUGGAGUGGGACCCAGUUCACAUCUUGGCCCCUGUUAACGGCCCCUUGAUUCCCUGCUGGCUUUGUGGAAAAGCUUAAAAUACAUCCUUUUUGGGUUCUUUUGUAUUUGGGGAGAAGGGAAUGCAGAGUGACCCCAUGAAAAUGCCUGCUGUCCGGCCACGAAGGGCCGGGUGGUGAAGAAUUUGGGAGAUGAGGAGGAGAGGCUCUGGCUGUGACGUCGGGCAGUGGGAUAUCCCAAGGGUCCGGCCCCGGUGGCGCAGGGACGGUACGAGCUCUCCCAGAGUGGCAGAACUGGGAACCAGACCAGCCCUGGAGAAAGCCUAGAUGAUUCCUCCAUCUCUCUGGAGGCAGCAAGGCUUCAGGGAAGGGAUCGUCCUACUCCGGCUGCCAGGAAGAGGACGGGGAGGCUGCUGCUCCCCAGGAAUGGAGAUGUUCCCUCCUGGAUGAAGCUGAGGAUCACUCGAUGUCAAGGGAUUGGAUGAAUUGGAUGAACACUAAAUGCUCUUCCUGGAGGGGCCAGGACCUGAAAACCUGGGUGGUUCCCGAUGGAUCCCAUCGGAGUGCUGCCUUCAGUAGGUCUGAGGGGAACGAGCCAAUCUUGAUGUGCACAAAAAGCCUUGUGUGGAAAUGAGGCUGAAAUCCCACAGAAGCGGGAAAAUAGAAACUACCUGUGUAUCCAAGCGACCCGCUGGAACCUUACUGAGCUCCUCACAGCUGAUUCCAGCGGGGUGGGAUUCCCCUGGGAUUCCCCCUGGGAUCCUGCUGACUUUUGGGGGAUCUCACUCAUCCCCCUCAGGCUGGGGGCCGGGAUGAGCUCCAGGAGGGGGCAGGAGGGAGAAGGACGUCAGCAAUAACCGUAGUCACUGCGCCUUUCCUUAAUUAUUCCUAAAGAUAGCAUCGAAUAGCCAAAAACCUUCCGAAUGCACCGGAUUCCGAUGAUCGCUGCCUCCUCUGUGUCCCGCACCGAGAUUCCACCUCCGGCACCGGAAUCCCCUUUUCCAGCACUGAAAUGCCCUUCUCCCGGCGGUGCCAGGGCCGGUGCCAGGACACGUCCCGCCCGCGGGCAGGGCUCGGCGGCGUUCCUGCGGGAAGCGCCUUCAUCCCGGGGAGGGGGAGGAUGGACGCGGCUCCGCCCCGAAAACAAACCUGCGCCGGAAAGAAAACGUUUUAUAAAUCGUAUUUUAAAUAAAUGUCUUUAAACUUU